AUGAAGAACCAGCUGCAGCUGGGGCUGCCUCUCGCGUUGGAGAUCCUGGUGUUGUUUGCCGCUCUUCUUGGCAGUGCGCAAGGCCAGAGCUCUCAGGGCGGCGAUGGUGGUGGUGGCGCCGCCGCUAACCUCACGGUGGUGGGCGCCGUGUUCUGUGACGCCUGCUCCUCCAGCUCCUUCUCCAAAAGCAGCUACUUCUUGCCAGGUGUAAAAGUCCGGCUGGACUGCAUGAUCAAAGUGAACUCGAAUUCCAAGGAGGAGAUCAAGAUCACGGCCGAGAAGGUGACCAACAGCUACGGCGCCUACCAGCUGGACAUCCCGGCGAUCGACGGCUUCGAGUGCGCCGCGCCUGGCGCGACCGCCGCCGAGUCCUUCUGCCGGGCGGCCGUGCUGGACAACCCCUCCGCGCUGUGCAACGUGCCGGCCGUGACCACUACCGUCGGCCACAUCUCCUUCCCGAGCCAGGAGCCCAACGCCUGCUUCUACAGCCUCAACUCGCUCUACUACCGCCCCAGCAAGCCGGGGCCAGCUCAGUGCGACGGCGGUGGCGCCGGCGCGUCGCCUGCGGCGCUGAACACGUCCCUGUUCUACUGCCCGCCGUGGCCGUGGCCGCCUAUCCCGUUCUGCACGCCGCGGCCGUGGUUCCCGCCCAUACCGUUCUUCACCCCGCCGCCGCCGGCGUUCCCGUUCCCGCUCCCACCGAUACCGUUCUUCACCCCGCCGUCGCCUCCACCACCGGCGUUCCCUUUCCCACUGCCACCAUGGCCAUGGACGCCACCGUCGCCUCCGCCUUCACCGUCGUUCCCGUUUCCUCAUUUGCCGCCGAUCUUUACAAUACCAUCGCCUCCGCCACCGCCACCGCCGGAAUUCCCGUUCCCUAUGCCACCACUCCCACACCUGCCUCCUCUCCCGCACUUCCCACCGCUACCAUCACUGUAUUCACCGCCACCUCCUCCACCUCCACCACCGCCUCCGCCGCCGUCGUUCCCGUGGACGUUUCCGCCGUUACCUUUCUUCCCUCCUGGUUCUUCAGGGCCAUCUCCUCCACCUUUGAUGAGUCAUUCUCGUAAAGAUCCAAGCACUUGGUCUCCUUCCAAUAAACAACCAUAA